UCAACAUCAGUUAGCGGGGAUCAACCUUCGAAGAAAGUUGAAACUUAACUUUUACUCUCAUUUCGCAAUUCAAGAUGCAGUCCGUCACAGUCCUUUGCUUCGUCCUGGUUUGCUUCACGGCGACAUUCCAGGGAGCUCGAGCCCUACCCCAGGAUGGUGUCCUGACCGAGGACACCUACGAGUACGUGAAGAGUUUGGUGGACGUCGCCCCAAGCGAAGCUGAAGUUGUGGAACCCCUGCCCGAACAUCAUCGCCAGCGGAGGGCCACCUGUGACCUGUUGAGUGGAUUCGGCGUCAACGAUAGUGCCUGUGCGGCGCACUGUAUCCUGCGCGGCAACCGGGGAGGAUACUGCAACGGCAAGAAGGUUUGCGUGUGCCGAAACUGAAAGGCUGAUUGUGUUCUAAGGUAGAAGUUCCUUUUUUUAUUAUACAGUGCAUAUUAUCAUUUUUAAUUCAAAUCAUAUAUUCAGAAACAUAGAAAUAAAAAAAAAUGCAUUCAAGUUUCGCAA